UGAUCCAGGCAGUCACCAGCAAUCAAGACUGACUUGAAGGCACAAACCACAAACUGUUUUUAACUGUGUUUCCUUUCUUUGCCUUAGAGACCUUUCAUUUCUUUGUUUUAUUAUUGACCCUUUUCUGUGCUUUGUGUAACACUGAUUCUGCUGAAAGCAUGCAGCUUGACGGAUCUGUUCGUAUGGUGUGAGACGUAUGCAACCCUUUCCUCAUGAAUAACAGGAAAGCUUCUUGCUCUUCAUUCCUUCAUGUGAUCAACUAAAAGCCAUCACAAAAAAGAAAGGCUUUCUGCUAUUAUACAAAGCAGAGGCUUGGCACAGAGAAACGGCAGGCAGGCACGCACAAGUCCCAUGAGAAAGAUGAUGACCCAUGAGAACAUGAUGCCUAUAGGAAUGCAGGCACCGGUUCCUAGAAGAAAAGUGUCCAGUCAAAGAAAGAAAGAAACUGCUAAUUUCACCACCAAGACCCUGAUGGUAGCAAACUCAGUGCAAAAUAAGAAAAGCUUGAUUCCUUGGAAAUCCAUUGAUUCUCUGCCCAGCAUCUCAGGGCUUAUUAUUGAAGCAAUUGCAUCCUGUAAAUCACACAAUGGCCUCACUUUUGCAGAGCUGAAGGAAGUGCUUGGUACAAAGGGAUAUGAUGUGAGGAGGCACUAUCCAAGACUUAAGAGGAAGUUACAGUCCUUGGUGUCUAAAGGUGCCCUGGUGCGUAUGACAUGUGGCAAUGGCUCAAGUUCUUUUGUCGUCAGAAAAUACCAGGAAAAGAUAACCAAGAUAUCCAGAAACUUGGAGAAAGCUGCAAGGAUAAAGAAGGCAGGGAUGUGUGCUUCUGAAAAGAUAAAGGGAAAAGCUGAAGAAGCAAAGAGUUUGAGUUGGAAGGCUGGAAAAAUUAGAAGAAAACCCAAGAGAUCCCAUCGGAAAUUAAAAGCAGGACAAAAGCCAUCGAGGCGAUCCGUCAGCCAAAGUAAAUCUGUUGAAAGAACACCAAAUCUCUGUCAACGAGCCCUUUCUGCUGCUAAAAAAUCAAGUUCUGCUGGUAGCAAAAGUAAUUGUGCUUUUCGAGAAUCACACCACUCCAAUCAGGGAUCUGCUUCUGUUUUAAGGAGAUCCAGCAGAAACUGCAAGAAUACAGGUGCAUCUUUUUUCAAAACAGCCCAAAGUUCUCUUGACGAAAGUGCUCCUAAAAGAUGCAGGCCUUCCAGGAAAGGGCUUCCCCCUCCGGUAAAAGUGCAAGUCAGCCCUUACUACAAGGACAACCUCCUUGCAAAGCAAAAAUCUCAUUGUAGAAGGGUGAAGAAGACCUACUCUACUAAACGACAAAGCCGUCGCCGGAUCAGAGCUGCAUUUCACCCACCAAGGAGGACCUCAUUCAAUUCAGAAAAAGUCCCGAGAAGAUAACAGAACCAAACCUCAGGGACGGAGGCCUUCAGAGUAGAUGUCUUCUUUGUAUCUAUUAGAAUCACAAAACAUUCAAUAAAGGUAACUAAGGCCUCAGCUUCCAUUCAUAAUGGAUGAUUUCAUAGCAAUAGCAAUAGAAUUUAGACUUAUAUACAGCUUCAUAGUGCUUUACAGCCCGCUCU